GAGCAUCAGAGGCUUUCUCCUUGCCAGAGCGUGAGAGUGGUCUAUUGCAGUACAGUAGUGCCCUCUGAUGAAGUGACAGUGGUUUACCAAAAUGGGUUACCUGUGAUUUCUGUGAAUCUUCCAUCCCGGCGUGAACGUUGCCAGUUCACGCUUAAACCUAUCUCAGACUCUGUUGGUGUGUUCUUACAACAGCUGCAAGCAGAGGACCGAGGAAUUGAUCGGGUUGCAAUCUACUCAGCAGAUGGCACACGUGUUGCCUCCUCCACAGGCAUAGAUUUACUUCUGCUGGAUGAUUUCAAACUGAUCAUUAAUGAUGUCGCAUACCAUGUUAGACCACCAAAGAGAGAGCUCUUAAGCCAUGAAAAUGCAACGACGCUGAAUGAUGUAAAGACACUGUUUCAGCAGUUAUAUACCGCCUUGUGCAUUGAGGAGCAUCAGCUGAACAAAGAGAAGGAGCUCAUAGGGAGACUAGAGGAACUGAAGGAGCAAAUAGCACCACUAGAAAAAGUAAAGCUGGAGCUCCGCCGGAAAGCAGAGAAGAGGACAACCUUGGUGUUGUGGGGAGGCCUGGCCUACAUGGCCACUCAGUUUGGGAUUCUGGCACGCCUCACCUGGUGGGAGUAUUCUUGGGACAUUAUGGAACCAGUCACCUAUUUCAUCACUUAUGGUAGUGCCAUGGCAAUGUAUGCUUAUUUCGUAAUGACUCGCCAGGAAUAUGUUUAUCCAGAAGCCAGAGACAGACAGUAUUUAUUAUUUUUCCAUAAAGGAGCCAAAAAGACACGAUUUGAUUUAGAGAAAUACAAUCAACUCAAGGAUGCAAUUGCUCAGGUAACAAGAAUUUUUCCAGAAAUAAGACAAAUUACUGUUUGCUAG